AUGUCAAUCACAAAGCUCCCCCUCCAGCAGCUUGCUGCUCAGCUCGUCAUCUCCCCAGCUCCAACUACUCUGGGUGAAUCAACGGCAGUCUUGAAGAAGCUCCAGUCCCUCGGCCCUGUCCUCUCUUUUAUGACGCGUCGCGCCGUUGUCCCUGGCAAUGCUGAGCAGCUGGAGAUGGAUGUCGUCUUCUCAUCUCGCGCUGCUCUCGAAAAAGCCCAACACGCGAGCCCCUUCACUGUCAAAGUGAACUACCAUCUUCCAGAUCCAAAGCUCCAGGAUCCCUACAAUGUUCGCAAUCUCCAGUCGAGAAGACAGCCUCAGCCAAAGAGUAUGACCUGCCAUGUCCGGGUCCACGACGAGUACCUGCUUCCUAGACGGAAUAUCCUUUCUGGUGGCUUCUCGCCGAGCCUCAACACCAGGUUAUCCCAGAGCCUGACUGAUUUGAAUCCACCGCCAGGGAUUGCAGCUGGACUGGGCGUCUUUGACACUGACAGCAUGCAUUUUCGCUCAACCGCUCAGCUUGUAGAAAAGCCUCCAGAACUGAUGCAAAUGUAUCGGUCCCCAAAUCCAGACCAGACGAAAACCCAGCCGGCUCCUUCUCUAGGCUCUUUUGGACGUGGCCAUUUACCUGUAAAUCAACGUUGA